CGCAGCACGGACAAAAGCGCGACCGAACCCACGCGGGCCGCCGUACAAGACGCAGGCAGGAGGGUAGCCCGGAAUACCAGAGUCCCGGGGGACCCCCGGCCGGCUGCCCGCCCCGCGCUGUACGGGUUUGGCGGAGAAGUUCAUGUGCGGGAGAGUCACGCGUGACGGGGCGUACUGAGGAUGGGGUACCCGGCGGGAGCCCCGAGAGGAGGAUGGACGGUGCUGGUGUGGGUCGUGGCUGUCGGCGCGGCGAUGCUGGCGGCGGAGGGCAGGAGAGUGAAGCAGCCCAGGUGCCCGGCCGGAUGUACGUGCACCAAAGACAACGCGCUGUGUGAGAGCGUGAGAGCGGUCCCUCACGUCUUCCCGUCCGACGUCGUCUCGCUCUCCUUUGUCAAGUCGGGCUUCAGUGAGAUCGCCGGGGGGAGCUUCGUUCACACGCCAGCCCUGCAGCUCCUCUUGUUCACAGCUAAUUCCUUUGACUUUAUUGAUGAGGACGCUUUCCUAGGUUUACCACAUCUUGAGUACCUGUUCAUUGAAAACAACAAGAUUGCAUCGAUAUCUCCAUAUGCGUUCCGGGGGCUCAAAGCGCUGCUACACCUGAGCCUGGCGUACAACAACCUGGAGACGCUGCCGAAAGACCUUUUCAAGGGCAUGGAUGCACUGACCAAAGUCGAUCUGCGAGGCAACAACUUAAUAUGUGACUGUAAGCUGAAAUGGCUGGUGGAGUGGAUGCACAACACCAACGCCACCCUGGACCAGAUCUACUGCAGCGGACCACCCAUGCACCAGGGCAAGAAUAUCAACGAUCUGCUACCACACUCCUUCGACUGCAUCACAGCAGAGUUUGCGUCAUAUCAGUCACUUAAGUUUGAGUCUAUAUCUGUGGAGGCCUUCACCUUUGGUAUCGAUAAGUUUGUUGUGUUUGCCCAACCAUUUGCUGGGACCUGCAGCUUCCUGGAAUGGGAUCAUGUUGAGAUGACCUUCAGAACCUAUGACACCAUCGAAAGCACUUCCACUGUAGUCUGCAAACCCAUGGUGAUUGACAACCUCCUCUUCGUUAUCGUGGCCCAGCUGUUCGGGGGCUCGCACAUUUACAAGCGCGACACCUCCGCCAGCAAGUUCAUCAAGAUCCAGGACAUCGACAUCCUGAAGAUCCGCAAACCCAAUGACAUCGAGACGUUUAUGGUCGAUGGGGAGUCUUUCUUCGUCAUUGCUGACAGCUCCAAGGCCGGCUCCACCACAGUGUACAAGUGGAACGGCAAUGGAUUCUACUCCCACCAGUCACUCCACCCAUGGUACCGAGACACGGAUGUGGAAUAUCUAGAGAUCGCCCACAAACCCCAUCUGAUCUUGUCCAGUAGCUCCCAGCGGCCUGUCGUCUACCAGUGGAAUAGGGCCCAGAAAAAGUUUGACCGCAGAACCGACAUACCAGAGAUGGAGGACGUCUUCUCUGUCAAACACUUCUGGGUCAAAGGUGAGCUGUUCAUCUGUUUGACAAGGUUCAUCGGGGACUCCAAGGUGAUGCGCUGGGAUGGCGCCAUGUUCAAAGAAGUCCAGACAUUCCCGUCACGCGGCUCCAUGGUGUUUCAGCCGGUCUCCAUCGGCAGCUGGCAGUACGCCAUCUUGGGCAGCGAUUAUUCACUGACACGGGUCUACCAGUGGGACCCGAAGAGGGGCCAGUUCGUCCAGGCGCAGGAGCUAAAUAUCCAGGCUCCCCGGGCGUUCUCUCUGGUAUCCAUCGACGACAGAGCGUUCCUGCUGGCCUCCAGUUUCAAGGGAAAAACUCAGAUAUAUGAACAUUUAAUGAUUGACUUGAGUCACUGAAA